AUGGAGUACGUCCCUGGUGGAGAGAUCUUCACUCACCUGCGGACCUGCGGAAAGUUCUCCGAAGAGACCUGCAAGUUCUACGUCGCGGAGCUAACGCUCGUAUUCGAGUACCUCCAUGCACGGGGUGUGGUAUACAGGGAUCUGAAGCCAGAGAACCUGCUGCUCGACGGUGGCGGACACAUCAAGCUGACCGACUUCGGCUUUGCCAAAGAACUCAAUGGACGGAGCGCGAGCACACUCUGUGGCACCCCGGAAUACCUGGCACCCGAGAUCAUACUGCAAGCCGGACACGGAACAGAGGUUGACUGGUGGGCCCUCGGAGUCCUCUGCUUUGAAAUGCUCGCGGGUUACUCCCCUUUCUACGACAAAGAUAUUCUCGGGCUUUAUCAGAAGAUCGUGACGAGCAGCUUCAGGUUCCCGUGCGACUUCUCUCCCGAGUCCAGCGAGUUCAUCCGGGCGCUUCUCGAACCAGACCGUCGGAAGCGCCUUGGAUGUGGGAUACACGGCAUCAAGAACUUGAAGCGGCAUCCUUGGUUCAGCGACCUGGAUUGGAGGGCCGUCGAGAGACGCGAGGUGCUCUGUCCUAUCAGGCCAGAGAUCAAGGGGCACGAUGACACUAGUAACUUCGAUGACUACAGCCACCUGGGCCCGCUGAACCACCCGUUCCCGCUCACCAUUCGGGACCAGACUGUCUUCCAGGAUUUCUGA